AUGGCUCAAAGAGAGGAAAUCGCUGACGGCGAACUUCCUGUCUACAAGUUUUACCGUCCGCUGAGGUUACAAAGGAGACCGUCAAAGGCUACGCUAUGGCCUGAGGCCGUGAAUCAAGUGAAUUGUUACCACAUGACCGCCCUCGGCGACUAUCUUGACGCGUCGCCUCGCCUCAUCUUCUCACCUUUACAUGAGACCAACAUGCCUCUUCAUCUCACUACACCGUCCUCUUUGGCACAAUUCCCCUCUCAAUAUUUCCAUAAGCAUCCCAUUCCUCUGUCUGGUCCAAAGAAGCUCAAAGAGGCCUCAACCGGUAUCAUCGAGAUUGAACGAUUUGACACCUGUACGCUGAAAUGCAUGAUCGACUAUUUGUACACAGUAAUAUUGCAAGCAUAUUGCAAGGCCCUUGGUGCCCUGAUAAUUUCCCAGAAUCUGUUGAGGCUGUCCAUGAAAAAAAAAGGCGAGGUCGCACCACACCACAUGCUCGCAAAAGCAGUAGUCGACCACAUGAGUGACUUUUAUCAAAUUUCUCGUCAUAUUCUGUUUAUAUUGAAUAACAGAUAUGAGCGUCUGCAUGCUCAAAAUUCGGUGGUCAGAUAUGCCUUGAUGCGGAGAGGAAGAAAAUAUCUCAAGUUCAAGUCGAGCUUGACGGCUUCAGAACAAUGCACAUUGACUAUGCUGCCAAAGUUAAGGCAGGGAUAA